AUGAAUGAUAACAAUCAAGUGGGAGGUAAUUACGAGGAGAGAUAUAUGAACGAAUUUAGACAAGUUGGAGAGAUAAGGGUACGAAAACCCCCUGACAAGAUUUGAUGAAGAGUGCCAUGUUACAAGUAAUUUAACUGCUGAUAUCAAUGAACCAUCUAAUGUUCACGAAGCUUUUAAUGGAGAAUAUUCAAAUGAAUGGAAGAAUGCAAUGCAAUCAGAAUAUAACUCUCUUUUGGCAAAUAACACUUGGGAGUUAGUUCCACCACCCGAGAAUAAGAAUGUGAUUGGAAGUAAGUGGGUGUACAAGGUGAAGCGAAAUGCUGAUGGAUCUGUUGAACGAUUUAAAGGAAGAUUAGUGGCACAAGGAUAUGCUCAAUCAUGA